UAUAGAUACAACAAAUUUAUUUAUUAGAUAUUGUAAUAAAUUAUCUCACAUUUGUCUCACGGCAUUUAUCUCGAUUUCAAUCUCGAGUGUUUCUUCAGAGCAUUUUGGUAUCUCUGCGGCGGUAAUCGAAAUCGACGAAUAUUCGAUCGAUCGAAGUGUUGCCUCCGAUACUUUUUGUCGAACCAAUUGUACAACAUCGCUCGUUCGCGUUUUCGUUGACGCAAUCAUAAUUUCGCUCUUACUAACAUUCCAGCCUCCCUCUCUUUCUCUCUCUCUCUCUCUCUCUCUCUCUCUCUCUUUCUCGCUAUAAUAUUUUAGUUUCUUUUCUAAUCUAGUCAAGAUACCCCCUUCGAUAUGCACCUUCAUCUCACUUCUCAGAAUCAAACAGAAAAACCAGCCCCUUCUCUCACGUUCUUAUGAUGUGAAAAUCAAGCAAAGUCUGCGUCCACGUUUCAUUUACACUAUUUAAUACAGACGUACAGAGAUAGGGAGAUAGCCUGUAGUGUUCGUCGACUAUAUAAGGUCUACAUGGUCCGAUCGAAUAGACAGAGAUUCGCCUCAUCUCGGAUAGAUUCGCACAAGUCAUGAAGUCCUUCAUCAUCGUCUUGUCGUGCCUUUCACUGUCGCUGGCGUUGCCCACGUACGCGCCUUAUCAUCAGGGUGCAUACGGGGUGCAAGCCGGACACUAUCACGGCCCUUUGGCCCCGCUGGCCCAUGACGGCCGAGUGGUCGACACACCGGAAGUGGCGCACGCCAGGAAAGCGCAUCUGGCGGCUUACGCCGCUGAAGCCGCUCGGGCGCAGCAUCAUUACGGCGGAUAUCCCGCGGCCGGAAGUUACAAUAACGGCGAGUAUCACGACGGAGGAUAUCAUCAUCAGGGUGCCGGAUAUCACGGGCCGCCGGCGCCGCUUGCCCACGACGGCCGGGUCGUGGACACACCGGAAGUCGCCCAUGCCAAGGCCGCGCAUUUGGCCGCCCAUGCCGCGGAGUUAUCCAAGAUCGCUCAUCUGUCGUAUCGCAAUCCUUAUCCUUACGCGCACGGUUCCUGGUGAAUUCGUUAGCCUACGUUGACGAAAUAAUGGAGGUGUACUCUCUUAAAUGGAAUCGGUGUAUUAUCACUGAUAAGUGGUUUUGUAGUAUGGCGAAAUAGUGAAACCUCAUUGAGCAAAAUCAGCGAUAGUAGUUGACUUUUUUUCAGUGAAAGAAAAAAUUGUACCGUCACAUUUAGUGAAAUAUUCGCUGAUCUUAGAUGAAGCUUUUAGACCGGUGACAUUUUCACUGAUUUAAUUUAAGAGAGUAGAGCUUAUUUGCAUUCGUAGUACAAAGGAGAGUAGUAGUGGCUUCGAUCGUAUCUCCACGAUGAAUGUAAAAACGUCACGUGUGCGUAUACGCACCAUAAAUGUAAUAAUAUUACAAUUGCAAA